AUGGCAAAGAAAAAGGCUCCGCUGCCUGCUCCUGAAGUAAAAGGGAAAAAGGGCCAGGCAAUGAAGGGUGCAGAGCCUUCAGUUGGAAAAGGGAAGAAGUCAAAGAGCAGCACACCUGAAGUUGCAAAUGGAGAACCUCAGAAGCCUCAACGUGGAUUGGCCAUUGGUGAUAACUUUGGAUGGACAGGAAAGCUUCCGGCUACCCUUUUGUACGAGUUUUGCCAGAAGCAGAAGUGGAACAAAGUCAUCUUCGACAUGAAGAAGACACCAAAGGGUUUCAUUGGAAUUGCAGAUCUCAGCUGGGAGAACCCCAAGACUAAAGAGGUGAUUCAUGUGAAGAUGAUGCCUGAUACACAACUCCUUUCUCCCAGAGAAACUACCAAUGAGGCCAGACAUUUCGCAGCCACUUAUGCUAUGCAUCGCCUUAACUACGUAAAAAAUCUACGGAUGGUCUUGCCCACCAUUUUUAGAGAUUUUUGGUCGGACUUAGAGAAUCAUAGACAGGAGUUGCUCAAAAAAAGUAAGACCGAACACGACAAAAUCUAUAAUGCCAAUCCAUUUCAAGUGUACUUGGAAGAGAAGGCCGCCAACGAGAAGAAAGCCAAGGAAAGAGAAGCGAAGGCUAAUAAUGAUGCCAAGAUCAAUGCACCCAAGACAAGUAUAUCCAUUGGAACUCAGCCCCAGAAAAAGACCGUGCGAGCUAAACAGGAUGUCAAUAAGAUUGUCAAACCACGCACGCCUACCGUCCAGCCUACAUUCAGCAAAAAAGCAUGGGAGACCGCACCAUUCGUUGACUUCCCCGUUGAUAUCAGAACUUCUAUCGAAAGACAAAUUAAAGAUCAUAUUACAUGGAUACAGGAGGAGGAAGAAGCGUCUUUCGAUGAGCAAAGUAGACAACAAUGGAGAUCCGACCUCAUUGCGCUCGAAUUCAGGGAGAGCCAUGUUGAUGAGGCUCUUACACAUACACAUUCAUUCACAGAUGCUUUGGAAUGGCUUCUAUUCCACAUUCCAGACGACGAUCUACCCGUAUUUUUCGCCAAAAGAGAGGAAGAUACCGGUGUCUCACUUAAAAUUUCCAAGGAUAUUCAGACAGAGUAUCUUCUUCAAAGGCUCGCGCAUUCUGGUUGUGACAAGGAUGAUAUAAUCGAGGCAUUGAGAGAGAAUGAUGGCAAGGAGGUCGAGACAGCUAUCAAGUUGUGCUACAACACAAUCGAUUAUGUGCCUGAAAGAAACCCUAAGCCUGAUUCUAAGAACAUGUGGGUGGAGGAGAUAGAGAGUAUACAAAUGAUUGGCUCAAACAACGUUGAGUUCAUUGAUGAUGAAAAAAGAAUUGUGACAGCUAGUCUCAAUGUGGAGGGCCUUGAGAACGACAUUCUUCUGGUCAAACUUUUCAUGCCUGAAGCAUAUCCUGAUGUUCUACCUGGCGUCCAGAUAGUGAUCAACAAUCUGUCUCACAAACUAGCGAACUAUAUCAAGUUGGCAAUUAUUCGCCGACUUUUGAAUCAUGUUCUUGAAUGUAAUUUGCUUGGCGAAUGUUACAUUUAUUUCAUGAUUGAGUGGCUCGAGUCAAACAUUGGUGAAAUUAUAAAAAACCCAGGACCUUUGAGCAGUAACUCACAAGCAAUUUCUCCGAAAAACAAAACCUCGAAAAACAAAAUUUUGAAAAAGAGCUCCUCUCGGGAAAGAGGUGCUUUGACAGACGAGGACAUAGAGCAACUCAAGAAAGAGUUUGCGGAGAGAAACAACUCGAUUCGAUUUAAGAAGUCUGUCGAGGAGAGGGCUAAGCUCCCUGCUUGGAAUAAGAGGGAGAAGCUCGUCAGUAUCAUAAACUCCAACAAAGUCACUUUAGUGACUGGUGAAACUGGUUCGGGUAAGAGUACACAGAUUGUGCAGUUCAUCAUGGACGAUUUGAAUGCUAAAGGUGAUUUCAGCAGUACAAUUAUAUGUACUCAGCCUCGAAGAAUCUCCACAAUUGGACUUGCGGAUCGUAUCUCUGAAGAACGUAUCCUGAAUGUUGGCAAGGAAGUGGGGUACAUCAUUCGUGGUGAGAACAAGACCUGUAAAGCGACAAGACUUCUGUUCGUGACCACAGGUGUCUUACUAAGGAUGCUUCAGUCUUUAUUAUCGAAUGACAAGUCGGCAGAUGUUUCGAUGUUCGAUAGACUUCAGUAUAUUUUCAUUGAUGAGGUGCAUGAAAGAUCCGUUGAUAGCGACUUUCUUCUCAUCAUUCUCAAAAAGAUCAUGGAUAGAUUUCCCACGUUGAAGAUUGUGCUCAUGUCUGCAACUAUUAACACCGAAGCAUUCAUGAAGUUCUUCCCAACUCAGGUGAAUCACAUUCACAUUGAAGGAAGAACAUUUCCCAUCGAAGAUCAGUACUUAGACACUAUUCUCCAUGAUUUGGAUUAUAGUUUCACCAAUUACAAUGGCGAGGUGAUCAAGCCAAAAGCAGACUCACACUACUUCAAAACUGGUACAGCAAACUACGAUCUCGUUGCCAAACUUUGCCUUUUGGUUGAUGAAAGAGUACGGGUGGAGGGAAACUCAGGCUCCAUUUUGAUAUUCUUACCCGGUGUCAUGGAGAUUAACAAAUGUAUACAAAAGAUUGAAUCAGAAUAUGAUGGACAGGGUAUCGCUUGUUGGUGUUUACCUCUCCAUUCUACUCUCUCAUCAAAAGAUCAAACCAGGGUUUUUAAGAAGCCUCCUGCUGGCACGAGAAAGAUUGUGGUUUCGACAAACAUUGCUGAGACGUCAAUCACCAUUCCUGAUUGUGUAGUGGUUAUUGAUAGUGGACGUUCAAAAAGCGUGUUUUUUGACCCCCAAGCUAACGUUACUAAACUUGUUGAAAGCUGGUGUUCUCGAGCGGAGAUGUCACAAAGAAGAGGUCGUUCCGGACGUAUACAGAAUGGUACAUGCUACCACUUGUAUACAAAAGAAACCUUUGAUCUGGUGACGGCUCAGCCUAUACCAGAAAUAAAAAGAGUGAGACUAGACAACUUGUACUUGAUUGUGAAAGCAAUGGGCAUAAAGAAGGUCGAUGAAUUCUUGAGUGAUGGACUUGAUCCUCCUGAUAUGCUGACAAUUAAAAAGACCAAAGCAAUGCUUGAGGAAUUGGGUGCAUUGGAUACCUCAGGUGCCAAUGAAACAUUGACUCACUUGGGUAGGUAUCUCUCAUUCAUUCCCACCGAUCUUCAACUGGGAAAGCUUUUGAUUUUGGGAUGUAUAUUUUCUUGCGUGGAAAUUUGUCUCACACUCGCAGCAAUAAGCUCAACUGGCAGCCCCUUCCUAAACAACUUUGAGAAAAGUGAUGAUAUUCGUCUGGUAAAAGCAAGAAUUGGCAAACAACAAGGCGACUACGUUGCAUCAGCCUUGGCAUACCAUGAGUACGCUUUGCUUGAUAGCAAAGAAAAGAGGAAGUACAUUGCUGCCAAUCACUUAUCAUACUUAAAAUUGCAAGAAAUUCAGUCUACUAGAACUCAGUAUGUCCUGAUUUUGAAAGAAAUUGGUUUCCUUCCUUUCAAGUACCACAAAGAUAAACUAGAAGGGAAGGUAUUGAACAAGAAUAAUGAUAACUUUGACAUAGUUAGGGCUAUUAUCACAGGCUCUUUCACACCACAACUCGCAAGAGUCCAACUCCCUGAUGCUAAAUAUGCCCAAACUUUGGGAGGGGCUGUUGAAAUAGAUCCAGAUGCCAAGAAAACAAAAUUCUGGAUAAGAAACGAAAAGUACAUCGAGGAAAUCUUAGAUAGCAAGGAAUCGAAAGAAUUGCCGGCGACGAGGGUAUUUAUUCAUCCAUCAUCUAUGUUGUUCUCAACUUCCCCAGCUGGCGCAUCAAUUCCAAAUCUUGAGGACCUUACUUUGGAAGAUGGAUCUAUAGACAUGCAGAGGGCCCGAGAGCAAUUUGACAUGACUCCAGCAGCUGCUCUGUCUAGCAAGGGUCUUCAUAAAUCGCCGUUUGUGGUGUACAAUUCGUCUAGCUUCACCUCAAAACACUUCCUUCGUGAAAUCACGCCAACCAGUACAAUCACAGCACUUCUUUUUGGCGGCGACAUUUCAUAUGACUUAAGUGUUCUGGCGUCUGCAGCACGCAAGUGUCCAGGAAUUGUUCUUGAUCGCUGGCAACCGAUCAGGACUUGGUGCAAAAAUGGUGUGCUCAUAAAGAGACUUAGACAACUUUUGGACAGAGUAAUUGACAAUAAACUCUCCAGUACGUUGUCAGAGAUGUCAGAGGUUGCAGAUGAGGCAGUGAUUGACGUUGUUGUAAAGGUCUUGACUAUUGAAACAAGACAAAGGUAG